AUGCCUUCCAAAAAAAGUAAAAGUGGAACAGAAGUUUCCAAAAUGUCCAUGGCUAGACUGGUCCAAGACGAAAAUAUCGAACCUAUACAUGAAGCUAAAAUAAGAACAAUUAAUAUUCAUGUAGAAAGCUACCAAAAUAUAAAGCCAUUUUUUCCAAUAGCCGAUAUACAGACAAAAAUUAAAUAUGGAGAAGAUGUUGUAGGUGUUACAUCUGCGGUACCCAUAACGGAUGAUGAUUUUAUUCUUGUUGACGAAAAUUUCAGUUUCAUAGUGGAUAUUAAUAAUACGAAAGAACUUGAUGCCCUUAUAAGUUCUCCAGCUACAUUUUUUGUUGAUCAAAUUCAAGGUGCAAUGGACAAAUCUCUUUAUCCACAAAUGCAACUGAAUACCCAAUUACAUUUAAUCCCGCCGAUCAAAUCAUUCGAUAGCAUUGUCAGCAUGUAUGAAGCUAUGAACAAUAAAAAACUAGAAAUAUCAGAAAAUAAGAAAGGCAAGAAUAAAGGUAGUGCUAAAGGCGCAGAGAAACCGAAAACGGAGAAACUUGUUCGUAAAGAAUCCAAAAAACUUAUAAAAACUUCCCUAUCAAAAACAUCUUCUUCUUUGGAAACUAACACUGAAUCAGUUGAAGUUGAAACCACAUACGAACCCACUGCUUUUGGAAUGUGUUGUUUGGACUUUCUACCAUUGUUUUAUGGUAAUAAACAAUUCACUCAAGCAUUAUUGAUCAAACCUUUGGAUCAUUAUUUUGACGAUAGAAUGUUAUCAUUCAAAGCCCAUCCAAAAGUGUUAGUGACGGUUUCUAUAGACGAAGAUUUAGAAUUGAGAGAUCCCACUUUUUUGAAUUUUACAUUAGAAACUUUAUUCAAUACGCCGUUAGUCAUGUCCGAAGACAUGGAUUAUUGGGCUUGCGUUAUGCUACCCAUGCAUACUGGCCACUCCGCUUUCUAACAAAGACAUAAUUUGUAAAUUUGAAUCGAAUUUCGAAAGCCAUAUAGAAACGGAAAGUCCCCGAUUGCAAUUUGCCAUGAUAAAG